AUGUCUGGCGUUACGCGACGAAGAGGCGGAGGUGGUGGAGCGGAUGAAGCAGCGACACCGGCCCGGUCAGCGACACCAAUCAACAAGAAUGGCGCGUCCGGUGCAGCAAGUGGUGGUCGUGGUGGUCCCAUUGUUACUCAAAAUGAGCGAGAGGGAGAUCAUAAGAUUGCCUUUGAUCCAAAGGAUAUGGAGCAAGGUGAAGAACGCAAGAAGCAACCCAAGCUCACAUUAAUGGAGGAAGUCUUGUUGCUUGGCUUGAAGGAUCGUGAGGGCUACUUGUCCUUUUGGAAUGACAAUAUCUCUUAUACACUACGUGGUUGUAUUGUCAUGGAGCUGGCUCUGCGUGGUAAGAUCCAGAUGCAGUCUGAUUCCUCACGCAGACGGUUUCCCUUGGCAGACCGCACCAUUGAUGUGGUUGACGACAAGCCUACUGGGGAAGUCUUGCUGGAUGAAGCACUCAAAAUGAUGAAGGCGUCUGAGAAGAUGAGUGUAGGAACAUGGAUUGACUUGAUGAGCGGCGAGACUUGGAAUCUCAUGAAGAUUGGCUAUCAGCUCAAACAGGUCAGAGAGCGACUCGCCAAGGGUCUUGUGGACAAAGGCUUGCUGCGAACAGAGAAGAAGAACUUCUUACUCUUCGAUAUGGCGACGCAUCCUGUCGUCGACAACUCUGCCAAGGAUGAAAUUCGCGUCCGCACCAUCAAUACACUUGCCGCCAAGACGCUCGUGCUCAAGGAUACCCAGUGGUUCCCAGAAUCAGCGCCAGUGCGCCAUAUCCGCACGAUUGCUAUGGUCUGCGCUGCCUAUGCCGCCAAUGUCCUGGAAAAUGCACUGGAAAAGAUGAACAAUGAUGCGCGAGAACGGGCAUUCAAUCGGGUGGAUGAGCUGCUUGCUGGCUUCUCCAUGUUCCCCUUUGCCGUGCCGCCGAGCGGGUCGUCGGGCGUUGGACAAAACUUGGCACAGCUCAUCAAUGAGGAGAUUGAAGCGAACCGGAACAAGGAGCUGCAGUUUGAGGUGAUUGCUGCAGUGCUGCAGGUGUAUACCCGGCUUGACUCGAUUCUGUAG